UUCAGCUCAUACACCAGAUUGGAAAAAAAACACAAACCUUUUGAUUAGGUUAUGUCUGUAAUUGCUUUUUUCUUCUUUCUUUUCUGCUUUGUUAAUUGGAUUUGGAAGAAGAGAGUGAGGAUGAGCGUCUCCAAAUGGAGGCAGAGGAGGAGAUGGAGCACCAAAGAGCUGAGGUCAGAAAGGUGGAGGCUGGGAGGAGAAGGAGAGGUGCCGGGGGGAGGAGGAAACGUGCAGCUACAGUGGAGGCCAACGCGUAUAGAAUUGCAGGGUUGGGGCAACCCCUGAUGGGCUGGAGCAGGCGCGGGAGAGGAGAGGGGGGAUCCAGCGCUCUCAUGGCCGUGCUCAGGGAACUUCAUGCUGAGAAGAGGAGGCUGAUGGAUGAAGGGAAAGCACAAGAGGAGGAGGAAGAGGAAGAAGAAGAGGAUGAUGAUGACGAUGAUGAUGAUGAUGAUGAUGACGAUGAUGAUGAUGACGAUGAAGAAGAGGAGGAGGAAGAGGAAGAGGAAGAAGAGGAGGAGGAGGAAGAAGAACAACAACAAGAGGAAGAAGAAGAAGAAGAAGAAGAAGAAGAGACAACUGAGGCUCCCACCAAUCAAACUGUAACACAGAGCAGCUUUACAGCGUCUCCUCUGGACCAGUGUCAGACAGCUGACAGAGAAAUCAGCUGCAGGGGCGUCGGCAUGACUCACCUGCCAAUCAUUCACAACCUGGAGGCCACGAAGCUGGACGUGGCAGGUGUGUAUAUGUCCAUGUUUUUUUUGUUUUGUUUUUUUAAAAAAAACAUUUUUACAUCUAGGCUUAUUUCAUAUUUCCAGCACAAGAUAUGUGAACAUGACAUGACCUCUGAGUCAAGUGAAGUCCCUUAUCACGCUCCUGUCAAAAGACUUUACAUCUAUGAUAUCAUACCAUAUAUGAUACCAUGUGAUUUAUCUUUUACAGAGAACAACAUCAGAAGCCUUGAGCCACAAGCUUUCUCUGGCAUACAGAACCUUGACGAGCUGGACCUGAGCAAAAACGAACUGGACGAUGAGUCGUUCAGCCAAAACCCCCUGUCUAACUUGACCUUUCUGAGGAAACUGAACCUAGAUGGCAACCAGCUCACCCGGAUCCCAGCACUGCCGCCAUCUCUCGAGGAGCUCAAGAUCAACAACAAUAAGCUUAGUGCACUCACCCCCCACUGUUUCAAAGGGCUGAUGAACCUGUUGAAACUGCAGCUGAAGGAGAAUACUCUUCAUGAGGGCAGUGUGUCAUCAUUAGCCUUCAAACCUCUAGAGAAGCUUGUGAACCUCCAGCUGGACAAAAACCGCUUCCGUUCCCUCCCUCAGGGCCUUCCUCCCUCUCUUCAGGAGCUGGAAAUGAAUGAAAAUCAGAUUGAGGAGGUACCAGAAAAGGCACUGAGGGGCUGCGUUCAUUUGAGGCUGAUGAACCUGAGUCACAACCUGCUGCAUGAGCAAGGCAUCGGUGAACGAGCCUGGACCGGUCUCAAGUCCCUGGAAACCUUGGACCUGUCCUACAACCAGUUCACCUCUGUCCCAAUGAAUCUGCCUCGUCCUCUGCGUAAACUGACUCUCCAGCACAACAAAAUCAGUCACAUCCCCUCCUCCACGUUCCGUCACCUGCGGCCCGGCCUACAUUCCCUCCAUCUGUCCCACAAUGAAUUGAGCAAUGAGGGUAUUGGGCCGGUCUCGUUCGUUGGAACAUACCGCUCACUGGUAGAGCUCCUAUUGGACAACAAUCAUCUGUGGGAGGUUCCUCGCCGCGUUCGACAGUUUAAGAACCUGCAGGUGCUGAGAUUGGACAACAACAAGAUCAGGCUGGUGAAGCAGUGGGGAGUGUGCCACCCUCGUAACUCUGGCUCCACCUUGGCCUCGGUUCACUUGGAAAAUAAUUUGCUGGAAGUGGAGAAGAUUCCUCCAAAUGCCUUCUCCUGUCUCACUGACGCCCAGGGACUGGUCCUCUAUCCACAGCAGAGCAGCGCAUACGACCAAUAGGCUGCACGGAUCAUCAUCAUGAUGUGCAGCUACACACGUCCCUCUGGGGGUUUUCUGUAACCUUCUUUUUCCUCUGAUGCUCAUAUCAUUUGUGCAUCAUAAUCAUCAUCCUAGAGUCAGGCAGGGUUUGCAGAAAAAUAGCUUUAUCACGUAGUUUGCUUGGGGACUCAGAGUUUUCAUUUCAACAUCACCAAACCCAUCGUCUUCUCUCACAUCUCACCUUUGAUUAGGAAAAUGACUGUAAUGUUUUGGUAUGUAUUGAAGCUAAAGUGUAAUUUACACAGUAAUGGAACUGUCUGUUGGAAAUUGUCUUGGUUGUGUAAAAGGAUAAUACAUUACAUUUGAAUCAGGAUUUGCUCAAAAAAAACAGGUCUUACUCUUUUUCAUUCUUUUCAUUCAAGUAUGUAAUACUUUGAGAAUAUGUUGACUGAAGAGGAUUAACCGAGGUCUCUAGUUUGAGUCUGCGGUUUUUCCAGGACUUACAGAAAGAGCCUUUGUUCCUUGUAAGUGGAAAUAAAAGGGGAAAUCUUGGGACUGCGG